AUGCGGGGGCUCCUGCUUUCCACACUCCUGGGCGCUGCUCUGGCACAGUUCUGCUGCAGGGCGCAGGGCGGCGGGCCGCCAGACACGCCGCCUGAAGGGAGGCCUGGAGAAGCAUCGGAGGUGCACCAGCGUAAACAGUUCUGUCACUGGCCCUGUCAAUGCCCUCGCCAGAAGCCCAGCUGCCCUCCUGGAGUGAGCCUGCUGAGGGACGGCUGCGGAUGCUGUAAAGUCUGUGCCAGACAAGCAGGGGACAUGUGCAACGAGGCCGACCUCUGCGACCCGCACAAAGGGCUGUACUGUGACUACUCGGCCGACGGGCCUAGGUACGAGACCGGAGUGUGUGCGUAUCUUAUAGCUGUGGGAUGUGAGUUCAACAGGGUACAUUAUCAUAACGGCCAAGUCUUUCAACCCAAUCCCCUGUUCAGCUGUCUCUGUGUGAGUGGGGCCAUUGGAUGCACACCUCUGUUCAUACCAAAGCCGGCUGACGGUCACUGCUCUGGGGCUAAAGGUAGAAAGAAGUCUGAUCAAUCAAACUGUGGCCUGGGACCGUUCCAACAACAGCUUUCAACAAGCUACAAAACAAUGCCAGCUUAUAGGAAUCUCCCACUUAUUUGGAAAAGAAAAUGUCUUGUGCAAGCAACAAAGUGGACCCCUUGCUCCAGAACCUGUGGGAUGGGAAUAUCUGAUAGGGUGACCAAUGAAAAUAGCAACUGUGAAAUGAGAAAAGAGAAAAGACUGUGUUAUAUCCAACCCUGUGACAGUAACAUAUCAAAGAGAAUAAAGAUCCCUAAAGGAAAAACGUGCCAACCCACUUUCCAACUUCUCAAAGCUGAAAAAUUCAUCUUUUCUGGAUGCUCAAGCACUCAGAGUUACAAACCCACUUUCUGUGGAGUAUGCUUGGAUAAGAGAUGCUGUGUCCCUAACAAGUCUAAAAUGAUUACCAUUCAAUUUGAUUGCCCAAAUGAAGGGUCAUUUAAAUGGAAGAUGCUGUGGAUUACAUCUUGUGUAUGUCAAAGAAACUGCAGAGAUCCAGGAGAUACAUUUUCGGAGCUCAAGAUCCUAUAA